AUGAGCGAAUCUAUCCACGAUCCGUCUACUGUAGUGAGCCAGUACAUUGCGUGCACCACUGCGGAAGAAUCGGCAAAUUCGUCUGACUCGCCCAAGGAGUAUUCAGACAUCUUAUCAGGGCUCGUCUUGUCAAAGGAACUUUCCCUCCUUCAGUUUAUCCAAGUGUUGGGACCCUACCUCACGUCGGAAUCAGAAUUGAUUCGCCCAAAAGCAAUCCAAUGCAUUUCAGAUACACUCGCAAGUCUCAGAACUACCAACCUGAAGAUUUUAUCUAGGCAAGAUUUGACGGUGUUGUUGGACUUCCUCUUGACCAAGUUGGAUGACAAAUCUUCAGUCAGAUUUAUCUUGCAGUGCUUGACCAAUUUAUGUCAAUUUGAAAAGUUCAUCACCUUCUCUCCCUUAUUAGAGAAGUUGUUAACCACCUUCCUCAAGGAUUACAACCCAAAAUCGUACUUGGCUAAGGUGAGGUACGAACUGUUUGUGUUGUUGAAAACCAUAUUAACUAUCUACGAGAUAGUUGCAUCGUCUGCUGUUUUCGAUCCCUUCGUCCAGUCAUUCGUUCAUAUCGCCACGGGUGAGAAGGACCCAAGAAAUCUCUUGAUUUCUUUUGAUAUUAACAUCUUGAUCUCUGAAAAGAUCUCCUUCGACCCAGUUCAACAUAAGGACUUCUUGAUUGAUUUGUUUGACGUUGCAUUUUGCUACUUCCCCAUCUCAUUCACGCCGCCAGCCAAUGAUCCGUACAAGAUCACAGCAAAUGACUUGAAAUCAAAAUUAAGAUCUGCAAUAGCCGGGCAGUCUUUGUAUGCUAAGGACUCCAUCCCUAGCCUUAUCGAAAAGUUGACCUCGACUAAUCCCAUAGUCAGGAAUGACGUUUUAAAGACACUAAAACUAUGUGUUCAGAAUUAUGAGCCUGAAGUUAUUGAGCAAUAUUGGUUAAUCAUAUGGAAUGCUUUGAAGUACGAAAUCUUGCAUAACGAUGUGUCCAUUUUUCAACCCCACGAAGACUUGAUUGUCAAUAAGAACUACAAUGAACUAGUCAAUGAUAACGAUGAAUUUAAGCCUUUGAUUAUAACAUUAGAUAUUGUUUCUAUUUUAGGUUUCAAGUUGGAGGAUACUGAUGACACCAUUCAAUUAAUAGUGCACAGUGUAACGGACGAACUUCGUGAUAAUUUAAGUAACGUAAAAGAUAAGGUUUUCAAACAAUCUGUGUUGUUAGUAGCACUGCUAGCCAGUAGCUGUAAUUUGGCAUUCAAUAAGAUUAUGGACUUUUUAUUUCUGUAUGAAGUUUGGGGGAAAUAUCUUGGGAAUGAACCAACUACAAUUGAGCCUUCGUCCUUGAGCAAUUCAGAUGCCAUGGAGAGGGAGGUCACUCUGGAUGACUUAACACUUACAGUCGCCAAGCAAAGAGAUCUCAUUGAUAACUUUGGCUUCAUACUAAACUCAUAUAAUGCAAUCUCUUCUCGACUUUUAAAUUCCAAUAAGGCUGAAUAUGAUAGCUUUGUUGCCACAAAUCAUCUUUUGAAUUACAAGGAUUCUCUCUUGAUCUUCUUGGGGCAAUUGUUGCAAUCUUCUUCAAAUUUAGAGAAAACUCUCAAAUCGAAAACUAUUCAACAAUUGAAAAAGUUGAUUCAAUUGAAGGGGUUGUUGUCUGAGGACGAAUGCUCGUUGAUUUUUGGAUAUUUUAAUGACAUCUUAGUGGAAACAAUCAAUGAAGAACCUAAAAGCUGGGAUAAGGACACUGUAGUGCAAGAAGUUAAAGUGGCUCUUAGAUCAAUCAUGGAUGGUUCUAGCUCUAAGAACGUUGAAUUAAUUAUUCAAACUAUUUUACCCAAUUUACUUGGCAAACUUCCAGAUCUGCAAGAAGAAACGGAUCUGGAUGUCGAGCGUAUCCUCUCUUUGAUUGGUGAUUUAUGUAUCAAUUACAAGUUCUUGGAAAUUUUAUCCAUUCGUUUACUCAACAAACUUACCUAUUACAGUCAAUCAAAUUCGAGAGAAUACUAUAUCUUGACUGUUAAGUUACUUAUCAACUCUAUAAUUAAAACGGAGAAUAAUCAUCAGUUUUUGAUGAAUUCUUGGUACAAGAAUUUCGUUCCAAGAUUCACGAAGUCUAUUGUUAAUAUUGUCAAUGAAAGUAAAGACACUGUUAAUGGUUCUGUUGAAGAGUUGAUUGAAGUCUCUGGUGAUUUAUUGGCAAUUAUUGUUAGAUACAUAGAGAAGCUGCAUCAUGAGUCGAUUUUGAAUGACUUUACCGACUGUUUUGUGAAUGGUAGCAAAUUAAAUUACUUCAAAAUUGAGCCUCCAUUAGAAUCACUUAUCUCCAAGCAAAGCGUAUUCAUAAACUUAUACAAUAAGAUUUUAGCCAGUGUGAAUAAGCCGGCAAAAGGUGUUGUAAAAAUUGGCAGUGUGGAUGCAAUUGACUUUAUUAAACAAGAUAUAGCGUUUGCGAAGGAUUUGUUAAACGGAGAUGAGACUUACAAUGUAUAUAUCCAUUUAGGUUAUUUGAAGAACUUGUGCUUAAUAGUGAACAAGUACUAUGACUCAGAACUUUCUUAUUUAGCUGAAUAUUACCAACUUAUUGAGGAAGUAUCAUUAUCUUCUUCAUCUUUGUCGCAAGGUUUUCUUCAAGAUUACGAAAUCUUUGUUUGGUCUAUUAAAGGUUUAAUUAUGAAAAUCGAUCCACUUGGAAUCUCCUAUUUAGACAAGUUGAUUUCGCUCUUGUCGUGUUCUAACGGAGAACUCAAACUGCUUAUUUCCAAAUCCCUUUCCAUUAUAAUGAUUGACUUGCCUUUGUUCACCAACGUGCAACAAUCUAUCAAUCACUCCAAAUUAAUAUCAGGAGUACAGUCAUUCAAUGUGAGACUCCUAUACAAGCAAAGAAUUUUUGAGAUCAUUCUCCCCACCCUUAUAGAGGGGUUUAAUUCCUCAACUUUAUCGUCAUCCAAAUCGAGUUAUUUAAUCACUUUGUCCAAUAUCCUUCAAAAUAUUCCUACUAAGAUCUUGAAACCCCACUUAUCAACAAUCACUCCACUUAUCCUUACUUCACUCUCCAUAAAAGACUCAGCUAUUUUGAAGUCUUCACUUGAGACUUGUGAAAUUAUCAUUGGAGAAUCGUCUGAUAUUAUCAUCCCACACUUACAAUCAUUGAUUCCUAGAUUGGUUGAUAUUGUAAUCACUCCAAAUUCUGUAAACACAGAGGAAAUCAGAUUAUUAAGUUUGAAUUGUCUUGUAUCAGUAUUCACGAAAAUAGAGCUCAAGCACGUUUUGAAGUUCCAGAAGUCCACCACUAUCAAGCUUGUGCAGGGAUUGGAUGACAAGAGGAGAAGCGUCAGGAAAUUGUGCUCAGACUUAAGGCAAGUAUUGUUCGAAUUAGGAAGAUAA